AUGUCAGAACCGCCUCGCGCCCCUCUGCCGCCGCUGCGAAUCGGCACCCGGAGGUCCAACCUGGCCGUCGUCCAGGCCGAGGGCAUCCGCGACAGCCUGCAGCGCAUCGCGCCCGACCGCGCCUUUGAGAUUGUCGCCCUUCACACGCUGGGCGACAAGGACAAGUCGACGGAGCUGUACAACUUUGGCGCAAAGAACCUGUGGACGGCGGAGCUGGAGGACAAGCUGACGUCUCGGGAUCUGGAUGUCAUUGUUCACUGCCUCAAAGACAUGCCCACAAGGCUGCCUGAAUCGUGCGAUCUGGCGGCCAUUCCCCUCCGUGACGACCCCCGCGAUGCUCUCAUCGUCAAGGCGGGCAUGCCCUACACCACUCUCAAGACCCUUCCCGAGGGCGCAAUCGUCGGCACCUCUUCAGUCCGCCGGUCGGCCCAGCUGCGCCGCCUGUACCCCCAUCUGCGCUUCGCCAAUCUGCGCGGCAACGUAGAGACUCGCCUCGCCAAGGUGGACGAUCCAGAGAGCGAGUACACGUGCAUGAUCAUGUCCGCCGCGGGGCUCGAGCGCGUCGGCCUCAAGCAUCGCAUCAACCAGUACUUGGGCUCCAAGGACGGCGGCAUCUUGCAUGCCGUCGGGCAGGGAGCGCUGGGACUUGAGAUACGAAAGGGGGAUGAUGCGGUCUUGGAGCUGCUUGGUCGGUUGGCGGAUGAAAAGUCGACGCUUGCUUGUCUUGCGGAGAGGGCGUUGUUGUAUACCCUUGAGGGGGGUUGUACUGUUCCCAUUGGGGUUGAGACGGAGUGGGUUGGUGACGGGGCGCGGGUUCUGAGGAUGAGGGCGAUUGUUGUGAGUCUGGAUGGGACGAGGAGUGUUGAGGACUCUCUCGAUGCGGAGGUUCGUACGAAUGAUGAGGCUCGGGCGUUUGGAAAGGAGUUGGCGGAGAGGCUUGUCAAGGCCGGUGCGGAUGCGAUUUUGAAGGAGAUUGUUGCCAAUCGACCGCCCAAGAAUUGA